UGCUCCUCAGACAGACAGCGCAGCGGCUUCUGUUGGACCAAUUAACGGGCCCGUCUGUGCGCUGCCCCGCGGAGCGUGUUUUCCUGGGCGGCCUCUGCGCACUCUGCCAGGACAGUCAGCUGCAGCUGCAGAACAUAAAGCACGCAUAGCACGGCACGGCACGGACACGAUCAGGUCCAAAAUGGGUCCGACUUGGGCGCUAAUUUGUUCCACCGCUUUGCUCUUGGUUUUACUGAGCUCAGCAUCCGAAGAUGAGCGCUUUUUUGAGCAGCGCGAGGUCACCUUUGACAUUCCCCAGCUGAUGCCAGAGAUGCAGAAAGAGGUGGACUUGAGAGAUUACUUUGAUUUACAGCGGCCAGUGCAGCCUCAACCAAGGCAGAGAGGUUUCAGACCAAGACCAAGAGGACGCCCACCAACUGUUGGUCCCCGUUCUCUUCCGACAACUUAUAACGUUCAGUUUCCUCUCGGUCGGCCGACGUCAGAGAAUCUCCAAGCCAUCUGUGGCUAUAGCGACCUUCGUCCUCGCUACCCAUCAUCCUACUUUCCUGACUCAGGCUACGGAGUUGACAAGUUGAGGGCCUCUGCUGUGAAUAAUGCAGAGGCCUGGCUGAGCACAUGCUGCAAAGACAACCAGACGUGGGAGAGAGAAGUGGCCCUGUGUUGCGCCACACAGGCUUGGGAGCUGUCAGUUAAAAAGUACUGUGAGGAGGACCUUUCAAUAAAGCAUCCUUGGUAUCACUGCUGUAAAAUAAACGACAACAACAAAAGACUCAACUGCUUCAGCAAUGAUGCUCCAAACCCAAACUACGGGCCGACACAGGAGCUGCCAGUGGAACCUCUUCCCUCUACCGCUGAAUUCACCUUUAACCCGAACACUUGCCAGAGGACACACAGCCCUGUUCCCUUAGCCCUCAUAGAAGGGAAGCCCAAGGAACUAUCUACUCCCCGAGCUGCUGACAUCAGCUUUCCUCCUGGACGACCCACCGCAGAUACCAUUGAAUCCAUGUGUCACAACCAGAGGCUUCGCCCCGUCUACAGCAUCAAGUGCCUCCCACGUUCAGGCUAUGAAAUGGUGGCUCUUCAGGCGAAGACCAUUAAUCUUAUAGAGAAGGGAUUCAAAAGUUGCUGCAAAAAUAAGAAGACUAAACUCAACUGUGCUGACCAGAAGUGGAGUGAGGAGCUGAACAAGUUCUGCUUGCGUGAGAACGGAGGACGAGUGAAUUACCCCUGCUGUUUGAACCAAAGCGAUAAAUACAGCUGUUUCCAGCAGAUGUCUCCAGACCCAUAUUAUAAUGUGACUUCUGCUCAUGAGGAAGUGUCGCUGAACAAGAUAUGUGACACUCACAAAACCAUCAAGAAGAAAUUCCCUGUUGGGUUUCCUCUUAAGGACUUUGUGACACAAUGCUGCCCCCUGCAGGAAGAAGAGAAGACCGCUUGCUCUGCGCGACUGCUUGAAGAAAUGGCACAGAAGCUGUGCACAUCAAAGAGGGCUGUUCCCACUACUGUCCGCCGCUGCUGCAAAUCGUCCUCACAAGAGACUCCACAGUGCAUCUCCAAAAUUAUCAUGAGUGCCAUCACCAAAGCAACCAACUUCUCAAGCCAGAAGAAGAGGAAAAGGUGCCCUAUCUCCUAAGCUUGUAUGGCCUUUCGCUGCUGACCUCACUGUCGCUGGGCUGUUCAGGAUAUUGGUGAGAUAGCAGCAGACGUGGCAUUCGGUCACUGAACAGAAACGAUUUAUGCAACACUUAAAUGUUUGUAAGACAAAAUGAAAUGUAAAAUGUUGACCGAGUUUUCUAGCUUCAACUACUGCCGGCAUUCUGAGACCAAAUGAGCAUUUCUACCAUUUAUACUACACAUACUUAAACAAGCAUACUGUUACAUGCAUAGUUGCUAAAACAGACUAUUGUCUAGGACACUGUACCACUAUUUUUAGAGGCUGCUCUUUGCAUACUUGAUUAUUAAUUUUUUAAUUCUUUUGGAAAUUCAAGAUCUUUUUUUUUCUCUUUUAUGUGGUUUCUAGUUAAGAUCUUCUCUGAAAAAGUGAUAAUAAACACAUUUUUAAAAUCUU